AUAAUAAUUCUAUGAAUGAGAGACAACCCACAAACCAUCCAAACCUUAUUGACAUUUGUUUACUUGUAAACAAUGCAAAUGCAAGUUUUUCAUUUAGUUGUCUUAGUGAUAUUGGCAAUGAGUGGUUUCAAAGUACAAGGCCAAGGAUUGAAAACAGGUUUUUAUUCUUCUUCAUGCCCCAAAGCAGAGGCCAUAGUCAAAUCCACUGUUGAAGCUCACUUCAACAAAGACCCAACCAUUGCUGCUGGCUUGCUCAGGCUUCAUUUCCAUGACUGUUUUGUUCAGGGUUGUGAUGGAUCAGUCUUGAUUGUCGGAGCUUCAGCUGAGAGGAAUGCCUUGCCAAACCUUGGUGUACGAGGUUUUGAAGUCAUUGAUGAUGCAAAAACACAGCUAGAGGCCUUGUGCCCGGGGGUAGUCUCAUGCGCCGACAUACUAGCAUUGGCUGCCCGUGAUGCGGUUGACUUGAGUGAUGGUCCAAGUUGGCCAGUGCCAACAGGAAGAAGAGAUGGGAGGGUCUCAUCAUCAUCUGAAGUCUCAAGUUUUUUGCCUUCUCCUUUAGAAUCCAUGGCAGCCCAAAGGCAGAAGUUCGCGGUUAAAGGCCUAGAUGACCAUGACCUUGUUACAUUAGUGGGGGCACAUACCAUCGGCCAAACAGACUGUUUGUUCUUCAAAUACCGCUUGUACAACUUCACAACGACAGGCAAUCCUGAUCCAACCAUAAACCAAGCAUUCUUACAGCAAUUACAAGCACUUUGUCCCAAAGACGGUGAUGGCUCAAAGCGCGUGGCACUAGAUAAAGAUAGCCAAUUCAAAUUUGACGCUAGCUUCUUCAAGAACGUGCGCAAUGGCAAUGGGGUUCUAGAGUCGGACCAGAGGCUUUGGGGAGAAGCUGCAACACGCAACAUCGUUGAAAAUUAUGCAGGGAACCUAAAAGGGUUAUUGGGAUUGAGGUUUGAUUUGGAGUUUGCAAAGGCUAUGAUCAAAAUGAGUAGCAUUGAGGUGAAGAUUGGGACACAGGGGGAGAUUAGGAAGACAUGCCCAAACUUCAAUUAGCUAAAUAUGGAGUUGAGCAACGUGAUGUGUAAAUGGGCCACACUAAAAAUGAAUGUGAUCUAUAGAAUAUAUUUUUUUGAGUAUUAUUUUAAGUAAUUUUUUUAAGCA